AUGGGAGUUGUUACAUGGUGUUUUGUUGCACUUUCACUUCUUCGAAUCUUUGUAGAUUCUAAAAGCAUCGGAUGUGAAGUUCCAUCGACAGAAAAACGAUUUAUAGAGAACUUCAAUAAACUUCUUGAUCAGAAAUCAUUUAGAAUCGUAGAGGGUAUUUCAAUGAAGAAACGUGAUGAUUUUAAACUUGCUUUCAAUCGUACGGAAGAAUCUAAAACUCAAAAAUGCGAUGACUUGUCACAGACUUUGAUAACGGAAACGAAAGAAAGAUUGAAACAAGUGAUAAACACUCAUGUUCUCGAGUUCGAUCUUGCAAAAUUAUUUAUAGAAGAUAACGCUUCAACCAGCUCCGCUCCCCGUCGUCGACGUAAGCAUCAAGCUGUAUCGAUGGUUCUUAUGGGCAUAACCGUCUUCUUAAUGGUAUUUGUUCCAAUGGGAUUUCAAUUUCUUGCAGCUUUAGGCGGAAAAGCGUUUCUAAUGGCAAAAUUGGCUUUGUUACUCGCGAGCGUUAAUGGACUCAAGAGGGUAGCAAAUAGCGGCGUGCAUUAUGGCUUAUAUCACUCUCUACCUGAGCCUGGCUUGCAUCAUCAUCCUUAUGGAUAUGACCGGAAUGAUGGUCCUCGAAUGAGUCUUAAAUAAAUGUCAUAAUGUUCAG